AACAACACCCUCCAGACUCUCCAGGUACCCCAUACUUUCACUGGUUCCUCUCCAUUUUGUUCCCCAUUCCCAUUAUUAUCUAUCGCCAGUAAGGUCAUUACACAUUUUCCCUCAAUAUUUUGGGCGAAUUGUCAGAUAUCAUUACGACGUACUACAAUAACGACGAAGCCAAACAUCCCUGCACGGGGCAAAUAAACCUUGUUAUACGAGGGGCGACGGUACAGGUUAAUGUGAUGUGAGGUUUCUGAAUCAACUCACUCAUAUAGGACACGCGCCCCCUGAAGGAGGUUAAGAAUCGAUCAUCCGAACAGUCAGCAGAAAUAUAUUUUGGAAUGCUACCCUCACGCAAACGAUCAAAGCUAAAUUCUUCCAAGGAGCAGUCAACGAACUCCUCAAAAGAUACCACAGACCAGGGGGUUACUCCUCCCAAUCACGUUCAGCAUGCUGCAGCUGUUAAGAAACAAGUAAGAUAACCGUGCUCUACGUUGCUGUUGAGACGAUUUUCUGUCGGUGUAGUGAGACUAACAAGAUAAAGCUCGGAUCGAGGGCAAGUUGGUAUGGAACGUGGCCGCGUAAAUCCACUGUUUCUACACAGGUGGUGAGGGAGACAAUUUCAGCUGAUAAACCAUCCAACGGGAAUAUGUCGACAGAAAUUAACCAUUACGAUCAACGGAAACCUUCAUCGGUUGCAUCCAGACCUCCAUCAAUGUACCUGGGUAAAAGCAAGCCAGCAUCCGAAAUAACGUUGGGCGUUCCACUGGAAGAGGCCUCGAACAAUGAGAUAAAUACCAAGAAAGAUGAGAAUGUACCACAGGAUAUUUUGAAUCAAGAAACACCCAAACCCCGAUCUUUGAAGGAGUCAGAUGCAUCCAAAGAAACAAAAUCGAAAAGCUCGUCGAUCGAUGAAACUGCACAACAGCCGAUAUCCUCUCAGGGCUGGUUAGGCUGGUUAGGCAUGCCAUCGCAAAUAUCAAAGGAAUCCUUUCCCGUGGUGGAAGAGCCUCAAAAGCAAAAUACUGAGGAAGCCUUUUCUAACGAGACAAUCUUGCCGGAGCAGACGAUUGCGAACGAAACGAUUGAGACUCCAAAACAAACCUUAUCAGCAUCGAGGUCAUGGUUCAAUUUAUGGUCAACCGCUCAGCCUCCAGUACCUAUAGAAGGUCCAAAAGAACCACCUUCGACACAAGUCAUUGAGGAAAACCCUGCCGUGAUGAAAGAUGCAUCAAAAGAUGCACCUGAACCUGCACCACCAACACCCAGUAGAUCUACAACGCAACCUGGUGGGUCUAGUUGGGCGUCGGCUUUUUGGUAUUCCGACACCACCAAAAAAGCUACAGAUCAUCCCGAAAGUCGGGAAACUGGCGAGCUAGCAGUUUCGGGUGAGCAGUCUCAAAAUCAACCGUUGCCAGUUAUAGCUGUUCCAGCUGCCGACGUAAAGGCAGCCCAAGGUGACAAAAAGUCGAAAUCUGGCAAAAAAGGUCGACCAAAGUCUGUAGAGAUAGAAGAAAUCUUUCAAAAAACGGCAACUGCACAAUCCGAUGAUGCACCGAAGAAAGUCACCACCUCACCUCAAAGUCCAUCUCCGCCAAAUCUAAUACUACCAUCCGUACGAAGUACUUACCACCUGAUGGAAAAUGCAUCAAUCCUCCGACAGUUAACAAGAUUGAUUGUACGUGGUCGACAGAAACCCGUAAAACAUGUAGCCCUGGCAAAAGAAGUGCCAAAGAUCAAGAAUGCAGUCGCAAUAGGUAUCCAUGGACUAUUUCCUGCACCUUUAUUGCGCAAGCUCAUCGGGCAGCCUAGCGGGACUUCGAUAAGAUUCGCUAAUCACGCGGCGGCUGCUAUUAGGCGGUGGACAGAUGCAAAUGGGUCUCCCGAUUGUGAAAUAGAGAAAGUCGCGCUUGAUGGCGAGGGUAAAAUCUUCGAGAGGAUGGAUAAACUUUGGGAACUGCUCAGUAAUUGGACGGAUCGAUUGCGACAAGCAGAUUUUAUAAUGGUAGCCGCUCAUUCACAAGGCGUGCCGGUUGCUUUGAUGCUUGUAGCAAAGCUUAUAGAAGAGGGCAUAAUAUCAUCAGCGAGGAUCGGCGUAUGUGCAAUGGGUAAGUCAUGGGAAAACUGCUUCUCGCGUGAAAAUAUCUCUAACAGAUUUACCAGCUGGUGUAUCAUUAGGUCCCUUUGCCAGUCACCAAACUGGAUACCAGGCAGCAUUAUUCAACGAUAUGAUAACAGAACUCUUCGAGUUUGCGAAUUACGAAAGUGAUGUUGCGAAACAUUAUGAAAAGGCACUUCGACGAGCCUUGAAGUAUGGAGUAAGGAUAACAUUUUGUGCGAGUAUUGACGACCAGCUAGUAUCUAUUGAGGCAAGUUGAGCUUAUGUUCCUGUUUCAUUGCUUUCAUUACUAACAGUGAACCAGUCUGCCGUCUUUUCGCCUGCAGAACAUCCCUACAUUUACCGAGCUGUGUUUGUGGACGGACGUAUACAUGCUCCAGAUUUCAUUGCCCACUUAGUCGGCUUUGCGUUGAAAUUACGCAAUCUUGGUGUGUCAGAUCAUGGACUUAUUCGUGAGCUUUCGGCGCCUCUGGCUGGGAGCCUUUAUACUGGUGGUGGUCACUCUCGUCUCUACGAUGAUGACAAAAUAUAUGAGUAAGACCUCUUACUUUGAUAUCGACUAACCUAUUUUACUAACAUAUGUUUUCAGCAUGGCAAUGGAUCAUGCUCUUACCACUACUUCAGUUCCCGACGUCCCUCUGCAUAUAUCUCAAUAUUCGCCGCCUACGAACGCAAACCCUUACGUCUUGCCCUGGAUCAUGCGGGGAGUUCUCGAGGAGGAAUUUGUAAAAACAGAGCUGCACACUGAAGCAGUCGAAUUACUGAAGCAGUUCGAUGAUUGGAAACCUAGCACUAAAGUCUUACAAGAUGUGAAGUACAGAUUGGAGGCCGUUAGAUCUAAAUUAUGAACAGGAGACGGCGUUAUAUAUCGGUUUGAGAGAGUUUUAGAAAUGCUGUAUUAUAAGAUUGCGUUCCGGAAUAGGGGAGGCGUGACAUUGCAUAUACACAUACAUAAGGAUUUGGAGAGCAGGACACAUGGCAUGGGAUGAAGCGUAGGCGUAGGCUUGGAGUUGGUGUUUUGAGGCUUAAGACAUUUUCAAUUUAAAUUUUGAUAUCCA